AUGGCAAACUGUGGCGUGUUGGGCGAUGCAGCUGAAGGCGAAGCGGCGGUGUGCUUAACUACACCCAAGGCAGAGGAGAAACCCAACGAAACAAUUCCAACCCGCGACCUGCACCCACAACACCCACACCAGCCCGCCAUCUGCACCCACAACACCCACACCAGCCCGCGACAUGCACCCACACCACCCACACCAGCCCGCGACAUGCACCCACACCACCCACACCAGCCCGCGACAUGCACCCACACCACCCACACCAGCCCGCGACAUGCACCCACACCACCCACACCAGCCCGCGACAUGCACCCACACCACCCACACCAGCCCGCCAUCUGCACCCACACCACCCACACCAGCCCUAGACCUGCACCCACACCACCCACACCAGUCAGUGACCAACGUGGAAUGGACUCAGUAAUCAUGUUCCCAAGACCUGCACCUACACCACCCACACCAGUUAGUGACCAGCACCCACACCAUCCACACAAGCCACACCACCCACACCACACCACAUCUGACGCACCGAGGCCAGAAGUGCGUCAGGUGUACCAAGUUUUCAGUACCACCACAGCAGUAUGCUCUGAGCGCUGCGGGAAUGGAGAGAAGCCUGGCAGGUAUUCGCUCUCACACUUCUGGCGGUGCUGA